AUUUGCAGGUUUCACCAAACCACCAUGACGAAACAACGCCCACGCGGUUCCCGGGAAUCGUGAUUGGGUUUACUCGUGACGGUUACGCAAGACGUGCGGGAUCGGGUAGCAUAUGAUGUUGACUCGACUCAAGACAAGAUGUACUUGUACCGAUGGAUCAUGGAUGCGUGGUGAUCAUCGCUGCACGAAAUGCCGGCCGGAGCCUCAGUCAAGCAAAUGACAGCGUGAUAGGGCGGUUUACUGGCCCUUGUGGGACUGAGCUUACGAGUCACGACGGUCGGGAGGUCUGAGACAUGCCUCGCAGAACCGCGGUGAUUUACGCCUCAAAGCUACCCAUCACCACCAUCCCUAGUAGCGACACCAUCACCCCUAGUAGUGAAGAGGAAAAGGCGACCGAACCAUGCCUUUCGCCAUCUUACCCGCCCUGAUCCCCGACAUACGGGCAGUCUACGACGUCUAUUUUGCCGCCUUUUCGGCGGAUCCGGACGGCCGCCGGCUCCUUGACAUCCUUUUCCCCCACGGGUGCUCGUCGGACGAGUUCCGCGACGCCCACACCAAGGGCACGCUGGCGUGGUGGCACUCGUCGGAUACCCAGUACACGUUCAAGUGUGUGGACCCGGCGAACGGCGGGGAGAUUGUUGGUAUGGCACUCUGCGACGUGUUCGUCACGCCCCGCAGUGAGGAGCAGCGCAAGAUGCCGGAACUGGGGUGGUUGGAGGGGGAGAAUAGGGUGAGGGCGGAGAGGGUGCUGGGGAGCCUGUGGGAGGCGAGGGAGAGGAUUUGGGGUGGGGGGAGGUAUAUCUACAUCCAUGCCUUUGCGGUAGACCCCAAGCAUCAGGGCCGCGGCGCGGGCGCUGCGCUGGUGCAGGCCCUCAUCGAUCUCAGCGACAGCACCCAGCUGCCCAUCUACCUCGAGUCGUCGCCCGGGUCGUACGGGCUGUACAAGAAGAUGGGGUUUCAGCGGGUGCCUGAGGAGGUGGCCAGGGUCGUGCAUGAGGCGGAGGUACUAGGCACGGAGAAGGACGUCGAGGUGCCGUUGAUGAUUAGGCUGCCUAUGGCCUUGACGGCGACGGCAGUGAAGGAUGGAGGGAAGAGUGUGGAAGAUGUCUACAGGGAGUGUGCGAUGGUCCACGGGUACCAGACUAUUGAUGAGCCGCAUUAG